GAUCCAAGAGCUGUCAUGGACCGAGAGAACCCAGUGACGGAAGGGAGCCUCGCCGUGCCAUCACCGAGGCUCGCACAGCUGCUGCCCUCCCCCUCCGACGCCUAUAAAAUGGCGGCCCCGGGCUUCCGAGUCCCCCGCGCCGCUGCUCACGGCUCUACCAACCAAGCAUCCCCAGCCUCCAAAGGGGAGACAAGCGGCGAGACGCUUCUUCCCCGCAGCAGACCCGCGCACGGUCUCGUGAAGGUGAAUCGCCUGGGAGUUACCUGCGCCGCCGCAAAGGUUUUUACUCCCUCGCGGUCGCGGAACCGCACGCGCGCUGCCACAGCCACCAAAGCAGAGUAUUCCUCUGUUUCUCCAGCCGCCAUGGCGUCGUGCCGGGACGGGGCGCCUCCCCAUGGGGACGAGGCCCGCGCCCUGCUCCCCCCCUUGCUCGCUAAGGAGGGGGAGGUCCGCAUCACGGUGCCCGCCGACGAGGUGCCGGUGCUCACGAGCAAGCCGCCCGGGCGGCUCGCGGCCGCCGCGAAGGAAGCCGUGUCCCUGUCCCUGGGCUUCGCGUUCCCCACGACGCCGUCGGUGUCGUCCAGCGACGCGCGCGGCGAGGCGCGGUCUAUUCUCGCCCUCGCCCUCCCGAUGAUCCUGACAGGGCUCCUGCUCUACCUCCGGUCGAUGAUUUCGAUGCUUUUCCUCGGUCGCCUCGGCGGCCUGGCACUUGCUGGCGGGUCUCUCGCCAUCGGCUUUGCCAACAUCACCGGGUACUCUGUCCUCUCCGGCCUCGCCAUGGGCAUGGAGCCAAUAUGCGGCCAGGCAUUCGGCGCGGGCAACUUCUCGCUCCUGGGCACCACCAUGCAGCGGACGGUGCUCCUGCUCGCCGCGGCCGCCGUUCCCAUCAGUGGCCUGUGGAUGCACAUGCGGCCUAUCCUCCUCCUGUGCGGCCAGGAAGCCAGCAUCGCCGCGGCCGCCGAGACCUACAUUCUGGCCUCGCUCCCGGACCUCGCUCUGCAGGCAUUCAUCCACCCCGUGCGGAUAUACCUGAGGACGCAGUCCAUCAACCUGCCGCUCACGGUCUGCGCGGCGCUCGCCAUUGCCAUCCACCUCCCCAUCAACUAUGUCCUCGUCACCGUCCUGGGCCUCGGCAUCAAGGGGGUGGCAUUCGCCUCCGUGCUGGCAAACCUGAACCUCCUCCUCUUCCUCCUCGCGUACAUCCUCUUCAAAGGCGUCCACAAGCGCACCGGCGGCUUCGCGCUCUCCGGCGAGAGCUUCCGGGGCUGGGGCGAGCUCAUCAGCCUGGCGCUUCCGAGCUGCGUGAGCGUCUGCCUCGAGUGGUGGUGGUACGAGAUCAUGAUCCUGCUGUGCGGCCUGCUGGUGAACCCGCAGGCCACGGUGGCGUCCAUGGGCAUUCUGAUCCAGACGACGUCGCUCAUCUACAUCUUCCCCUCGUCGCUGAGCUCCGGCGUGUCCACCCGCGUCAGCAACGAGCUCGGCGCGGGGCAGCCCGAGGAGGCGAGCCGCGCCGCCACGGUGGGGCUCAUGCUCGGGUUCGCGUUCGGCGGCUUCGCCUCCGCGUUCGCGUUCCUGGUGCGGAACGUGUGGGCGAGCAUGUUCACGGCCGACCCGGCGAUCAUCGCGCUCACCGCGUCGGUGCUGCCGAUCCUGGGCCUGUGCGAGCUCGGCAACUGCCCGCAGACGACGGGCUGCGGCGUGCUCCGCGGCAGCGCCAGGCCCAAGGACGCCGCCAGCAUCAACCUCCGGUCCUUCUACAUCGUGGGCACGCCGGUGGCGCUCCUCCUGGCGUUCUGGUUCCAGUACGGCUUCAAGGGCCUGUGGUUGGGCCUCCUGGCGGCGCAGGCCACCUGCAUGGUGCGCAUGAUGCUGGUCAUCGGCCGGACGGACUGGGCCAGCGAGGCCAAGCGCUCGAGGUUGCUCACCGGCGCUGACGCCAAGGUUGCCGCGGCCGGCGGGGACGAGAAGGCGCGCUGCUUGCUCCUGGACACGGACAUGGAGCGGGCGAAUGAUCACUCGGAUCGGUGUUGAUAGCUACAGCGCCGGCCGCAUGCCCGCAUGCCCGCAUGUGUGCUCCCUCUAAUAUACUCUUUUCCCCCCUUUUCUGUUUCCCCCAUUUUCUCCCAAUAUUUUGGCGGGGGAGGGAUCAGAGGCUGACAGACUGCCAAUUUUGUUCACCAUUUGCUAAUGAGCAUGUAAAGAUUUUUCCGAUUGUCAUAUUAAAGAGAUUGAAAAUACUCCAGUACUGUAUGAAGCAAA